AUGUUGAUUUUUCAACUAGGUAAAAAAUAUCCGAGAAAACUAUGUCAAAAAUAUCCAACUUUAAAAAAAUAUUUAAAAGUGAUCAGGAUGAAGGCCUUUGGUCUUCUUCUGUUUAUCGUUAUUAGCGGCUGUUUAGCCGUUGAUAGAAAUAAUUUCAAGUCUUGUGAUCAGUCGGGCUUUUGCAAAAGGCUUCGGCCGCUAAAACCUGAAAAAUCUCAGUAUUCACUGAAUUUAGACAGUGUAAUUGUUCACGGCAAUGUUCUUUCGGCGGAAGUAAUCACAGUAGAUACAGAAGGUGAAAAGAAAAAUGUAUUGUGGCAUUAUGCGUUGAAAUUAUCUGCUAUCACUGAUGGCACAUUCCGUGUGGAAAUAGAUGAAGCAGAUCCAUUAUACCCUCGGUAUAGAACACAACUGGCUUUGGAUGGAGAACCUAAAGGGGAUGGAUUAAAAUUAGUAUCAAACGAAAGCGGCAAAGUAACUCUAGUUAACACACAAGGCCAUAAAGUGGUCAUCACAGCGGAACCCCUCAAAUUUGAGUUCUUGGAUCUAAAUGGCGAUACGGCAGUUAUUCUGAACGACAACGCCCAGCUGUUUGUGGAACCUUUGAGGGUACGGAGAGAGAAGAUUGGUGAUGAUGAUGAAGGCAAUGUGGUGGAAGCCGAAGAGGAAGGUACAUGGAGUGAAAACUUUAAAUCUCAUCACGACAGCAAACCAAGAGGAAAUGAAGCUAUAUCCCUCGACAUUGCCUUCCCUGACGCUGACCACGUGUAUGGUAUACCCGAACACACGGACAAUUUCUACCUCAAGACAACUACGUCGGGUGAGCCCUACCGGCUGUACAACUUGGACGUGUUUGAAUACGAAUUGGACAGCCGCAUGGCUAUAUACGGAGCUAUACCUGUGUUGUAUUCUCACAGUGCAAAACGUAGCGCUGGUGUUUUCUGGCACAACUCCGCCGAGACGUGGGUGGACGUGAUCAACUACGCGGACGGCACGGUCGUGUCGUCUCUCGUCAACCUGGUCACUGGUGGACAGAAGAGACGUGUUGAUGCCAGGUUUAUGAGUGAAGCGGGUGUCAUCGACGUGUUCGUGUUGAUGGGCGACAAGCCGGGCGACGUGUUCCGCCAGUACACCGCCCUUACCGGCGUCGCGCCUUUGCCGCCGAGAUUCUCCCUCACCUACCACCAGUCGCGCUGGAACUACGUGGACGAGGCGGACGUGCGCGCCGUCGACGCCGGCUUCGACGCGCACGACAUACCCGCCGACGUGCUGUGGCUGGACAUCGAGUACACCAACCAGAAGAAAUAUUUCACAUGGGACCCGGAGAAGUUUGCGCACCCGGCGGAUAUGGUGGCCAACCUCACGGCGAAGGGCCGCCGCCUCGUGGUCAUCAUCGACCCGCACAUCAAACGGGAGGCCGGAUACUUCCUGCACGAGGAUGCCACAGAGCAAGGACUGUAUGUGAAGGAUAAGGAUGGAAAAGACUAUGAAGGUUGGUGUUGGCCGGGGUCGUCGUCGUACUUAGACUUCUUCAAUCCUGCUGUCUCUAAAUACUACUCUGAGAGAUACAGCUUUGAAAACUUCCCGGGGACCAGCAAGGACGUUCACAUAUGGAACGAUAUGAAUGAACCUAGUGUAUUCAACGGUCCAGAGAUAACGAUGCCCAAAGACUGCCGCCACUACAAGCCGCCUCAGGACGGACAGGACGGGCUCGCCUCAUACUGGGAACACAGACACGUGCACAACGAGUACGGGCUAUGGCACAUCAGGGGCACCCAUCAGGGAAUUCUAUCCAGAGCAGAGGGACGCUACCGGCCAUUCAUACUUACACGAUCGGCCUUCUCGGGGACGCAACGUUUCGCAGCAGUAUGGACAGGUGACAAUGCGGCAGAGUGGGGCUACCUGCAGGCGUCCGUGCCCAUGUGCAUAUCUAUGGCCGUUUCUGGCAUUAGUUUCUGUGGAUCAGAUGUAGGUGGUUUCUUCAAGUAUCCUGAAGCCGAGUUGAUGACUAGGUGGUAUCAGGCAGGUGCAUACCAGGCGUUCUUCCGCGCGCACUCGCACAUAGAGACCAAGCGGCGCGAGCCCUGGCUCUACGACGCGGCGACCACCUCGCGCAUACGCGACGCCGUGCGCCGCAGAUACGCGCUGCUAGACUUCUGGUACACUCUGUUCUAUGAGCACUCCAUCGACGGUCUGCCCGUCACCAGGCCGCUGUUCCAAGAGUUCCCCAAAGAAGAGGAGACUUACACUAUCGAUAAUUCAUAUUUGCUCGGUGACAAGCUCUUAGUCCGGCCCGUGCUAGAAGCGGGGGCGUCGAGUGUGAAAGUGUACUUGCCGGGAAGAGACACUAACACUAUCUGGUACGACGUGGACUCCUACCAAGCGUACAGAGCCAGUGGGUAUAUGAAUGUUGAAGUUAAUAUUGCUAAGAUACCUGUAUACCAACGCGGCGGCUCGAUAGUGCCUCGCAAAGAACGCGUGCGGAGAUCUUCCGCGUUGAUGCUUAAUGACCCUUACACGCUGGUGGUUGCUUUGGACUCCAAUAACACUGCUCACGGCAGCCUCUAUAUGGACGACGGUGAGACCUACGAAUACAAAUCAAACAAAUAUAUAUACGCCAAGCUGACGUACGAGCCCGCCGCCAUUAAAUACACUUUCGUCAACGAGAACUCAUCAUAUCCAACACGUUCAUGGGUCGAAAGGAUAGUCAUAGCUGGUAUCAAAACACCCCCCAAAUCUGCCAAAUUGAGUCAAGGGGGUAAAAGCACCCCCCUACAGAUGACACUACAUCGUGGAAAUGACGUCCUCGUAGUAAGGAAGCCGGCCGCCAUGAUGGCGACUCCAUGGGAAAUACAGUUCACGUAU